ACGGUGUGGUCCUUGUUUUGAUGACGUAGCCACGGCCAGUCAAUGGAGUCAAACGGUCAGAGGAAACGAGGCCAUAGCAGAUUUAAAGUGUAUUUUCUUGUUAAAUAACCACCGGGAGGAGAUAAAUGCUAUUUUGAUAAUCAUGGCCGUCAGGGCGUAGUUUUACUCCAAAUACGUGGCACGUCUGCAGCCGACGGACCGUGUCAACAAAACGGCUAAUAAUCGCUCCAAUAAUGGCGGAACCAGGUCCGGUGGUCGCACAGCAGAAUUUGGACAGGAGCUGCUGGGUGUGCUUCGCCACAGACGAGGACGACCGCACGGCGGAGUGGGUGCGGCCGUGCCGGUGCCGGGGCUCAACGAAGUGGGUCCACCAGGCCUGCCUGCAGCGCUGGGUGGACGAGAAACAGCGAGGCAACAGCACGGCGAGGGUCGCCUGUCCGCAGUGCAACGCAGAAUACCUCAUCGUCUUCCCAAAACUGGGUCCGAUCGUUUAUGUUCUGGAUCUGGCCGACCGGCUCAUCUCCAAGGCCGGCCCCUUCGCUGCAGCCGGAAUCAUGGUGGGCUCCAUCUACUGGACCGCCGUCACAUACGGCGCCGUCACAGUCAUGCAGGUGGUGGGCCAUAAGGAGGGCCUGGACGUGAUGGAGCGGGCCGACCCGCUCUUCCUGCUCAUCGGCCUGCCCACCAUCCCCGUCAUGCUGAUCCUGGGGAAGAUGAUCCGCUGGGAGGACUACGUCCUGCGGCUGUGGAGGAAGUACUCCAACAAGCUGCAGAUCUUCAACAGCAUCUUCCCAGGUAUCGGCUGCCCGGUGCCGCGGAUCCCGGCCGAGGCCAGCCCUCUGGCCGACCACGUCUCCGCCACGCGGAUCUUGUGCGGCGCUCUGGUCUUUCCCACCAUCGCCACCAUCGUGGGGAAACUCAUGUUCAGCAGCGUCAACUCCAACCUGCAGAGGACCAUCCUGGGCGGCAUCGCCUUCGUGGCCAUCAAAGGGGCAUUCAAGGUCUACUUCAAGCAGCAGCAGUACCUGCGCCAAGCCCACCGCAAGAUCCUGAACUUCCCCGAGCCGGAAGAGGCCUGAGGCGGCGCUCUGCUGUCGGUGAGGAUGAACCCCCCCAACACUCAGCUUCACCCUUACUGCAACAAGCCCCGCCCCCUCCCAGCGGUUGCUACGGAGACAGACUGCGUCGCCGCUUCCCGUCCCUGGAGCGACGGGAUGGGAAGCGAACUGGAGCCUGCUUGCAGUCGGUGUGUGGCUACGCUAACACCACAUGGCUAACACACCCACUGCUAACCAAAAUAAAGACGCAGGGCAUGCGUGAAGAAGUUUUUUUUCUUUUUUAAAAUGAAACUUGUUUUGGUUUGACGUCCCUCCCCCGCCCUCGUCGGGGUCCAUUCAGAUGAUCAAUUAAUCAAUAAUUUAUCACGUUUGGAAGCUAGCAGGAAGAAAAACACGAAGCAGAAGCUACCAGAGGCAUUGUAACAUAGAAAUCUAUAUUUUAGCUUGAGACGUUCGUGUUUAUUUAUUCAGCCUACAGCUUUGAUUACUUCUGAACUCUGUAAAAGUGUUGGCACCCGUCAUGGCGGUCCGGUCCGACCCAGAGGGGAUGAACCCAGCGGGACGUGGAGCGGUUCUGUUCUGGCUCAGGUCGGGACGGGUUGGCAGUAGUUUUCACAAGCUCUUAGCUUCUCCCACAAACUUCAAUAUGUUUUAUUGGACAAACCAAUAAAAGCUGAAAAUGAUGCAUGCAUUAAAGAAAAGAAAAUCGAGUUUAGUUCUGGACUUUGACUAGGCCGUGCUUCAUAUAAACUUUGCCAAAUUGAAACUACAUCUGUGCCACAAAUUUCAGUUUUUCUAGUUUUAUCUGCUUAACAUUUUUAAUGAAAUCUCUAAAACAUUAAAGAUCUUCAGAUUGCCAUUAGUUAUAAAAAAAUUUAAACAUUUUGGGUCAAAUAUUUUCUAUUUUAUUGGCCAAAUUUUUACCAUUUCUUGAAUUGUGGCCAAUUAAAAAUCAUUUCAAGGGCCACAAAUGGCCCACGCCCCACACUUUGGACAACCCUGAUCUAAAUCUCCUGUAGCUCUGGCUUCAACCAUUUUCCCUGUUCAACUCCAACAUUCCCACAGUAUUAUUGUGCCACCACCGUGUUUCAAUGUGAGAAUUACGGUGUUUAGAAUAAAGUAAAAGAUUACAAAAGUUUAA